AUGUUGUCCAACCUUGUCUUCACCUCUUUUCUGGCUCUGUUGCCUCUGGUUUUCGGCGAUCCCCAAUGUGACUGCUAUUUAACUGAUGGCUCAUCUCCAACAUACUUUACCUCCCACGGGUUCUGGGACUUUCGUUCUCUAUCUCAAUACGUCUCCUCCCCAGCCGUAAUUGACUCAGUCGAUGGUAACGCAAACUCGCCAACUACAAGUGCCUUCUUCGACUGGGGAACACCGCUCCGUGACUUCUGGGCUCCUCAGCAGUACAAAAAUGGCGAUACUGCCUUCCCCAUGGUGAAAACCUUCAACAACUUAUACAUCCAGGCCAAUGGCGGUUCAAAUACAUACCUCAGAAUGAGAUCGACUCGCCUUCCGGGGUUCCAAACCGCCGCCGAGCUCCAGUCCAACGAAAUGCUUGACCAUGCGUCUAUCAGAAUGUAUUCCCGGAUCACAGGAUCGACCGGCGCGUGCGGCUCUGUAUUCACAUACCUGCACUCUGAGAAUCCAGCCGAUGUACAAGAAUCCGAUAUCGAGAUGUUGACAAAGGGUGACCAUAACCUGGUGCAUUAUACGAACCAGCCUGGUGUCUUGAACGGGGAGCCCGUCCCCGGAGCCACGCACGAAAUUAAUCUGCCCGGCGGAAAGCAGUGGUCCGAUUGGACUACACAUAGAUUGGACUGGACACCGGGCAAGACUACGUUUUAUGCGGACGGGCAACAGGUUCUUGUUAGUGAUUUUCAGGUGCCGAGGGAUAAGAGCUAUGUGCUGUUGAAUAUGUGGAGUGACGGAGGCUCAUGGACUGGAAGCAUGCCUCAGGGUGGAGAGGCGACGAUGGACGUACAAUGGGUUGAGAUUCUGCAUGGCGUUACAAAUAAGGAGAGGUGUAGGAAUGUAUGCAGUGUUGAUCUAUCGGGAGAGGUUGGGAAGGCUGUGCUGGUGUAA